CACCUGUCUCCCCGCGUCUCUGCGCGCCCAUGGCCGCCUCCGCCGAGGGCGAUCCCUCGCCGCCGCCUCGCGGGUGGCUCUCCGGCCUCGUCUCCGGCGCCGGCCGCCUCCUCGCCGCCGUCCUCGACCCGGAGUCCUCCGCCUCCGACACCACGUCCUCCUCCCCGGAGUCGUCGCAGUCACCGCCGCGCCGCGCCCUCGCCGCUGCUGAUGACGGUACUGGGAUGUGCGUUGCUUCUGACAGUUAUCAGUUAAACUUGAGUGGAAAGGAGAUCGUUUUGAAAGAUUCUGGCAAUGGAUCCUUUGCAGUUGUCUCAGAAAUAGACCCAAAAGAAGCUGUAAAGCAGUUGCUUAUGCAGGAUACUUACUCACGGUCGGAAUGUGAUGAAUUAAUAAAAAUUAUUCAAGAGCGGAUGGUAGAUUCAGACCCAGGUGUAGAUGCACCUGAAAUUGUUCUUCCCAUUGCAUGGCAUGCUAGCACUCAGCAACACCCUGUAGCAUACUCUUCAAGUCCAAACACCUCUCUCCUGGCAGCAUCGGGUAUUCCUGAUUAUACUCCAGUGUUUGACAAUACCGUUGAGGAGGAAUGGCUGAAGAGAAGUUCAACUACUACCAAAGGCCUUUGCACCAAGAAUCGUGACAGGAGUCAGCCUCUGCAGGCCAUGAAACGAAGUUAUUCUAGCACAGGAGCUGCUUUUGAAGAGUCUCGAAGAGUCAGGCUAAAGCGAAAUGAUUGCAGCACUUCAGGAAAGAAUGACAAGUGCACCGUGGGCAAUGACUCUUGUUCUGCCUCCAAACUGAUGUUUCAAGAAGACAUUGAGGGUGCACCCAGCUCAUCGAUGGGCUUGCAACCAGUGAACAGCUCCAAAAAUUUGAAGAGGGGAUUCAAUUUAGAGAGCAGCAUUCCAAGGAAUACAAGGUCACCUGCGACUGCCAGCAGAAGUCGUCGCUCGAAUGCCAGCAGAAGUCGUCGCUCAAACAAUCGCAGCACAGCCAGACCAUGGAAUGGGCCGCCACAGCCACAGCAGAACAAUCCGGCGCCGGCGGGAGUGGAGCCCGACGCGGGCCGCAUUCGGGCGAAGAGGCCGGUCGGAAGGCCGAGGAAAGAGCGGAGGUCUCGAAAGCUGAAGAAAUACACGUAGGCUACAAUAUUUUUUUGUAAAGCAAAGUCCAGAUUACUGCUAACAACAGGUGAUUGUUGGUAUUGUGUGUAUAUUUAGUUUAGCCUUAAUGUUCUCUGCAGUAGCACAUUGGUAUAUAUGGACAUAUUACACAUGCGAUGCA